AUGGCGCUUCGUUGUUGGAUUUUGCCAGAGAUAUCCUUCUCCAGUAUCACGCUAGUCAUCCGGACCUUUCCCGUGCGUCUCGACUACGGUGUUGUUUCGGGUAUAGUUGUUGAGCGAGCUGGUGUUGAGCCGUUAAAUAACCGGGUGGGCAAACGAGAGGGUGGGGUGGACAGCAAGCGGACGACUAGCAGUAGCAACGAUGAUGUCGGUAUUUUAGUUGGUCGCCUCAGUGCCGGACUUGGCAAGGUCUCUUGA